AAAUCUAAUUAAAUCUUAAUUGUUUAGCAAAUAAUAUGAAGAAAAGCAUGAAGAAAAGAAAGGUAGACCUUUCAUUUAAUGUCAGUUCUGUCUUAAAUAGCUUUACUUUAAGAUACAAAAAUAGUGAAUUAGAAAAGGGAUUUUUUUAAUAUGAAAGCAAUUAGAGAAUAAAUCAAGCAAAGCUAUUGGCUUUAUACAUAGUGAUGGUUAAUUUAAUGAUUAUAGCAAUGAAAUAAUUUUAAAUUAUCUAUUUAGUUAAUUUAUUCGCUGGUCUUGGAUUUUAUUUUUUAAUGCAAAAAAUUCAAAGGCUACAUAAUAUUAUCAUUGUUGUAGUUAUCAUAUAUUCAGGAUAUGCAAUAUCAGAUCACUUAAAGAAUCCAGAGACUACAAAUAAUGCUUACUUUUUAUCUGGAAUGGCUCUUACUCUUUAUUAUAGUAUCCCUCCAGGGGACUUUUUGCUAUAAUUUAUAGCGAUAAUUAUUUCAUAGAUAUUUGUAAUGAUAACAGUUCCAAAAGAAAUAAAUGAAAGAACUGCCUUGAUUUUGUGGAAUUUAGGGUUCAUUGCUUAUCAUUAUAUCUAACAUAAAGAAAGAAAGAUUUCUUAUUUUCUAAAGUAGAAGUAAUAUAAAGUAGACUAGCUUAUUAAAAACAAUAUUUUUUAGCAGAUAAUCCUAACAUAGUUUGAAAGCACAACUUAAUAGAUUUAAAUAUAUGAAAAGAAUGAUCAAAUGAAUUAACUAUUGAAUGAAAAAGAUUUGUCAGAUUUAAAGCUUUGCUUUGAAGCUUUUAUCAUACCAGAAGAAGAGCAACGAUCAAAAAAUAUUCACUUUUAAAAUUUAUAUGCCUACACUUAAUAAAUGCAUUUUGAAAUGGACCAAUAAAUCCAGAAAACUAAAUCUAAAAAAAACUAUUAUACAGUUCUAAAGACUAAUCUUGAGAAGCUUUGUACUUUCUUUAAAAAAAAAUCAAAUCAAGACGACUAGUAUCUAGAAAGCUCAAGUGCAAGAAAAAGGAGAAAAUUAAGUACAAAUUAGAAUGAUUUUAAAGUUUUUAAGGUUGUAAACAUUGUUUUGGAUAUUUAAUUUUUUGUAAGAAUCAAAGCUGUACAUUUAGAUUGCCCGUUAGUGAUGAUAAUUUUCGAAAAUCUUGAUAUUGUUAAAAAUAAUAAAAAGCUUAAAAAAUUAAUGGAAGUAAAUAAUCUCUUAAAUACAAAAUUCUUUUUUGAAGUCAAUAAGAAAUGCGAAUAUUUGAAAUGGGCUAUGAAAUAAAAAUAGAUAGAUUAAAUAUAAUUUUUUUUCUCUAUUUUGCAAAAUAAUGUGUUUUCAAUUAUGAGUAGAUAGUAAAAACAAGAUACUUUUAACAGCAACAGCCCUCUUUUAAAGAAAAGACAAAAUGACUCUAUUUUUAAUUAAUCUGCUCAAUUUUCUCCUGUUAUAAAAUUCAAAAUAUUUAAUCAAAACAAUACAUAGCUUGGUAAAUUGAAUAUAGUAAAGCUAUUUAAUUGUUAGUCUUAAUAAAACAGCAAUUAAAAUUUAAAUGAAAAUAAACUCUCUUCAAAUAUUUCUAAAUAAUCAUUGUGUAGCAGUCUAAAUAAGCAUAUUAUAGCUGAAACCAAUUUUUUUAAUAUUGACAAAAAGUCUUAAUCUGUUGACGAAUAUAAAUAAGAAUAGGAUUAUUAUAAACUUUCAUAUUUUUUUUAAGAAGGAGAUAUGAGUCAAAGUUUACAAGAAAUCAGCUAGAGAGAUAUAAAUUAAAAAUAAAACAUAGAAUCUCAUUAUCAGUUUUCACAAAUGUAUAAAAAUUACUUUCAAAAAGCUUCCAUCAAAAUAGAUCUUGAGAGUAAAUUAGAAGAUCCUAAAUAAUAAUUUAGCAAAUAAAAAAAUGAAUUAUAGGAAUUAAAUGAUUUGAAUUUAAGUCCAAAUCAGGCUAAAUCUAUAAAUUAAUCUGAUUCAAUAUAUAAAAACAAUAACAAUAAUUCUUUUUAAAGCACUCAUAAUAACCUCUUGCAAUCUCCUUGUUAAGAAAUUUCAAAGCCAAAUUUAUAUAGCUUGAAUGGCAGCUAUGAAUAAUAAAAAUACAAUAACAAUAACUACGGAUUUAACUUUCUAAAUUCUACUUAACAAAAAAAGAAAUCAUUCGAAAAGCACAAAAAAUAAGUAUUAGGAGGGACUUUUUUAUAACCUAUUUCUGAUAAAAAGCGAAAUUCACUUUAAUUAGUGCAAGAUAUUGUUUUGUUUUAAAUAAAUUAGCUUAACUUAUAAAACGAUAAAAAUGUUAAACUAAGUCCAUAAUAAAUCAAAAACAUUCAAUAUAGCUCUGUUUUUUAAGAUAAAGAAUAACAACUACGUUUUGACAAUAAAGAUAGAGAUAAUAUUAAUGAAUUUGAAUUCUAAGAUAUUAUUCAAGAACUAAGUAUAUUUAGAAAAUUUGUUAAGAUAAAAAUAGAUAAAACGUUAUUUGGACUAAAAAUAUCAAAUAAUAAGGAAGCAAUGUUGUAUGUCCUCAAAAGUUUUUUAAGUAGUGUUAUAGCUUUAAAUUAUAUAAAAUCUCGUAAAGCCAAAUAAGAUAGUAAAUAAUAAUUAAAGUAAUUUGAAGAAAGUAAUGAGAUUUAGUACAAUCAACCCUUUAAAAUUUAAGAGUAAGUUUAAAAUGAUUUAUAAAACUAAAGGGUUUCUAAGAAUAGCAGUGCUUCUUCUUUAAAUAAUGUCGUUUAAUCAAGCAUUUAAAAGUCAAAAGAAGUUUCAUUUACACCAAGUUUGAAAAGCAAUUCAAUAAAAAAAAUAAAAAAUAAUAUCAAUUUUAGUUCCUCUCCAUAUAAUAAAAAUAAAAUUAAUUAAGUUAAUUUAAGCUUAAGAGAUGAAAAAGAAGAAACCAAAACAUUAUCAUUUUUCUAAAAUACAAAUAUAUUCAUUAAUAGCAACUCAAAAGAUAGAACGAGUCCCACUUACUAAGAAUAUAAACAAUAUUUAGAAUAAGAUACUGUUUUAAGUAACACAGUUUAAGGCUAAACAUAAAAUAAAUUAGAGAGUAGUACUUUAAAUUUAAAGAAGUUUGAUAAUUUCAAAGAAAUUUAAUUUGAAUUUCAAUUAGAAACUAAUUCGUUAACAAAGUGUUUGCUUGUUAAAAUUGCUAAUGUGUAAAAAGAUGAGCUAAUCAGUUGCAUAAAUUUUAAUUCAAACAAUUAGAUAAAUUAAAUGGAAUAUGAAAACAUUAAAGAUAUUAUAUAAAAAAUAGGUCCAUAGCCUCUUUCUUACUAUUAAGGAAAUGCUUAUUUUUCCUUUUUAAUUGAUUUAAACUAAAUUUUAAAUAGAGAAAGUGGAUUUAAUCUAAGACCUACUAAAUCUGAACUAAAUAAUGAAAACCUUUUAAUUAUUCCAGAAGAAUAAGAAAUAGAGAAAAAAUCUUUUAUCAAAUUAAGUCCAGUUAAUUGA